AUGAUAGCAGAACGAGCUUUUUGCGAAGAUAUUAACGAAUGCGAAAUAUCUCCAAAUACGUGUGAACAAAGAUGUAUUAAUGUUCAAGGUUCAUAUUACUGCUUGUGUAAUGAAGGUUAUAGAUUGAACAGUGAUAAACAAACAUGCCGAGAUCUUGAUGAAUGCUCAAUGAUUGAUAACUUGUGUCAAUAUCAUUGUGUUAAUACACUGGGGUCAUAUAAAUGCAUAUGCCCAUCAGGUUUUACAAUCGAACGAGGACGCCAGUGUCAAGAUAUCGACGAAUGCCAAGUCGGUACACAUAAUUGUCUUGUUAAUGAUGUUUGUGUAAAUCUUCAUGGUGAUUUUCGUUGCUAUUCUGUUCAAUGUCAUCAAGGCUAUGAAAAAGUUGCAAAUAACCGUUGCCAUUUGAGUACACAAUGGUGUAGCGAACAUCAAAAUGAUACGAAUUUACGUUGUACAAAUGAUAAACCUAUGAAAUAUGUUUAUUCAUUUAUAUCGAUACCACCUAAAAUACGUAGACCAACAGAAAUCUUUCGCAUACGUAAUAGUCAAUUGAAUAUAUAUCAACAUGCUGAAUUUGAUUUACGAUUAAUUAAUGUCAAUGCUUCACAUAAGAAUCUAUCGCAAACAACUGUUGAUAAUUUUCAGAUAAAAAUUUUUUCUCCGCACAAUGCAUAUUUAAUGGUUCUAAAAGAAUUAAGUCCAUUGCAAGAAAUUGAAUUAGAAAUUCAAAUGAAAAUUUUUACGAACAAAAUUUUAAAUUCAAUUACAAUUAUGAAAGUUUUAGUUUAUGUUAAUCAAUAUAAUUUUCAUCCUUAA